UUAAACCCAUUUGAUGAUGAGUCCAUAUUUCUAUUUAAGCAAGCACAGCUCACAGAAAAAAUGCACAGACGAAACAGAUCAGAUAGCUAGCUAGAGUCUAGAGAGAGGGCGAUGGUCGUAGUGCAAGCUCUCCAUAUGAAUGGAGGGACUGGAGAGACUAGUUAUGCUAAGAAUUCAGUGGUCCAGAAUAAAAUCAUGUCCAUAGGGAAGCCAAUGAUAGAGGAAGCCAUACUAAAGUUGUAUAGCACCACCAAUAAUUCCCCUGAGAGCUUCGCCAUCGCAGAUUUGGGAUGCUCCUCAGGACCCAAUACCUUAUUGUUGGUGUCUCACGUUAUGGACAUCGUCUGCCGGAGAUGCUGCCAAUUGGACUGUGCACCACCGGAAUUCCGGGUGUUCUUGAACGACCUUCCCUGGAACGACUAUAAUACUCUCUUCAGGUCCUUGCCAGCGUUCUAUAACACUCUCAAGGAAGACAAAGGGAGUGGACUACUUGGGUCCAGCUGCUUUAUCGCAGGGAUGCCAGGUUCUUUCUACGGGAGGCUAUUUCCAAGGAAGAGUUUACACUUCGUUCACUCUUCUUCAAGUCUCCAUUGGCUCUCUCAGGUCCCACCAGGUCUUGACAGCAAAUCCACUCCACCAUUAAACAAAGGGAAGCUAUUCAUAUCCAAGACAAGCCCGCCUUCCGUCUUAAGCUCAUACGCCCUACAAUUCCAGGAGGAUUUCACGUCUUUUCUAAGUUCACGUUCAGAAGAAAUGGUACCUGGAGGCCGUAUGGUCUUAUCUUUCAUGGGUAGGAGGAGUGCAGACCCCACUACUGAAGAGAAUUGUCACCAGUGGGAACUCUUAGCACAAGCGUUGCACACUAUGGUGAUUGAGGGACAUGUGGAAGAAGAGAAGUUGGAUAGGUUCAAUGCUCCCUACUACUCACCCAGCCCUGAAGAAGUGAAAUCUGCAGUACAAAGAGAAGGGUCUUUUAUGAUUGAUCGUAUAGAAAUCCUUGAGGUUGAAUGGGAUGGAGGUAGCAAUAAUCAUGUAGUAAGUAAUGGAACGUCUGAUAAUUUGACGGGUGCUCAGCGGGUGGUGAAGACUGUAAGGGCCGUGGUUGAGUCCAUGCUGGCAAGUCAUUUUGGGGAGGAGAUAAUGGACGAAUUGUUUAGUAGGUAUGGCAACAUUGUGAGCGACUACAUGUCCAGAAAGAGAGCCAAAUAUGAUAAUAUGAUUGUUUCCAUGACAAGAAAGAGCUACUAGCUAGGGUUCUUCUCACCACCCUCUUUUUCAUCUAUUGUAGAAUGAAAUG